AUGCGCGACAUUCUCAAGACUGAAGAGCUCGAUGUCCCAGAGGGCGUUAAAGUCGCCAUCAAAUCACGACUAAUCACUGUGGAAGGCCCGCGUGGAAAGCUGGAAAAGAAUGUUCGCCACAUAAACAUGGACAUCCAGCUCAUCAAGGGCAAGAAGAACAAGGUUACCUUGGCCGUCUGGCAAGGAGGUAGGAAGCAUGUCGCUUGCCUAAGAACAAUCAAGUCUUUGAUUGAGAAUAUGGUUACUGGUGUCACAAAAGGCUUCCAAUACAAGAUGCGUCUUGUCUAUGCCCAUUUCCCAAUCAACUGCAUCAUCCAAGAUAGUGGAAGGACCGUAGAAAUCAGAAACUUCUUGGGAGAGAAGACUGUCCGACAUGUACCAAUGUUGGAAGGGGUCACUAUCUCGGAAUCUAAGAAUCAAAAGGACGAGCUCAUCUUGGAAGGAAACGAUGCCCGUUUAGCUGCCUCCAUCCACGGUGCCUGCCCGGUUCGCAACAAGGAUAUCCGAAAGUUCUUGGAUGGCAUUUAUGUGUCUGAAAGGGGAACUGUCCUCACAGAUUAG